AUGGGGCCUAGGCGUACAAAUGUUGGCAUCGAUGCCGUCUCAAAAACGGAAAAGUACCCUUACAGUGACCAAAUCGUAUGGAAAAGAGGCAGUUUCCCCCCUCAAACGCUCGAGUUCAAUAUAGACGAUGACAUCGAGGCGUGGUUGGAGAAAAUGGAGCAGUUCUUGAGAUAUGAAGAACCUGAUUCUCGAUCACAUAAGGUGAUCAGAAACCUGGUUCCUCCUGCCAGGGGUAUUGCAGUUAGGUCAGGUUGCACUGCAGAUACACCGUAUGAACAGCUGCUGGAUAAAUUGUCCCAGUUGUUCGCGAAGAAGCCUGAACGCAAUCGGCUGAAACUCAUAAGUCGAUGCUACCGGGCAGGGGAACGGGCAAUCGUCUACAUGGCUGACGUGUAUGAUCCAGUCCAAAAGAGCUACCCAGGUAAACCACCCGAAAGCCUAACGGUAGCCUUCGUUAUCAUGGGACUACCAGCUGAGAUCAGAGAGCGGCACGCAGGGUUUUACCUAAGUCAAUAG